AUGGAUAUAGAGAUGGAAGCCAUUGAAAUCCUAUAUAAAGACAUCACAAAACAAAAGAAAAAGUAUUCAAUUGCAUGUUUUCAAUAUCAUAAAAGAAGAGAAUCCAAGAUCAAAGGAGUUAAUAUGGAAAAUUUUGAAAAAUUGCUAACUUUGUUCUUCUUUAUUAUUAUACCUAACAUUGUUCAAGUAGAUGCAAAUUUUUUCAAAAGCAUGCAUAUUACAUGGGGUGCUCAACAUGCAUUACUUCAGGGUGAUGAUCUUCAACUUAUGUUAGAUGAAUCUUCAGGAUCCGGAGCUAAAUCAAAAAAAUCGUUUUUAUUUGGAACCAUUGAAACUCGAAUCAAACUCGUGCCUGGUAAUUCAGAAGGAAUAGCUACAUCCUACUAUCUAUCAUCAACAGGAAAUCAACGUGAUGAAAUAGAUUUUGAGUUUAUAGGAAACAUUUCAGGACAACCUUACACUAUUCAUACGAACAUUUUCGCACAUGGAAGUGGAAACAAAGAGCAACAAUUUUAUCUCUGGUUUGAUCCUACUACUGAUUUUCACAAUUAUACUAUCCACUGGAACCCCACUGAAAUUGUGUUUUAUAUUGAUAGCAUCCCAAUUAGAGUGUUUAGAAACUAUGAAUAUGAAGGCAUUGCAUACCCUAACAAACAAGGAAUGAGGGUUUACAUAAGUUUACACAAAGCUAAUAAUUGGGCCACUAGAGGUGGACUUGUUAAGGUAGAUUGGAGUGAAGCACCAUUUACGGCCAAGUUUAAUCAUUUUAGAGCAAGGGCUUGCAAGUGGAAUGGAGAAGUGAGUUUUUACGAAUGUGCUUCAAAUAUACCUGCAAAUUGGUGGACUUCUUCUAUAUAUAAACAAUUGAGUUAUGCUCAGAUGGAUCAAUUGAAUUGGGUUAGAAGUAAUCAUAUGAUCUAUGAUUAUUGUCAUGAUACUCAAAGAUUUAAUGGACAAAUGCCUCUUGAAUGUUUCAAGGGGCAAUUCUAAAUUUGAGAAGAAAUGACAACCUAGUUUGCAAGGGUGUUUUGUCUUUUUCUUUUCAUGUUUGUUUGUUGUUAUAAAUUUGUGAUUUGUUUUUUUUAAGUGAAUAGUAAAAUAUAUUUGUUUGUUUAUUGCAAUUUGCAAUAUUCAAUUAUUUUA